AUGCUGUGAGGAAGAAGCUGCUCAGGGAAAAGCUAAAUCAGGUCGUUUUUUUCCUCCUCGUGUGAAUCCUGAAAGCGUCCUGUGCAGGAUCUGGUCCGGUCUGAGGGGACUCUGCAGCACCAUGGGAGCCUCCAGCGACAAGGUGUCUCUCCUCUCUGGGCUGCUUGUGUUCAUGCUGUGUUUCACCUCGUCUCCCUGCCAGGAUGAAUAUUCUGGAUACCACUCAGGUGAGGAACACACCUACGAAGGCUCCAUGGUCGAUCGCUAUGACAACUUGGCCUCUCCUCAACCAGAGUAUCCACCGGAGCCGACUCACAGCUACGACGAGGACCAGCGGCCCGAGGAGGGCGACUACGACCCGUACGGCCCUGAACCCACCCAGGUCACCAUGAUCACCGAGGACGCCUUCCCCUACGCCACCACCGCCGAGUCCCACUACGCCAAGGAGGACACGGAGACCAUGCAGGUCCCGUAUGAGUUUCCUCCAGCAGGACCAGACAGCGACUCCUCAGAGGAGGAGUCAGGAGGAGACGCAGCGCUCGGGGAGGAGGGGCCCACAGAGUGUGACUGUGAACCUGGACAGCCUGGAUUCGCUGGUUUUGCAGGACCAAAGGGAUCCAGAGGUCUGCAGGGAAAAACUGGUGAACCAGGAACUCAAGGCAGGGAGGGUUAUAAAGGAACCAAAGGGGUUCGUGGGAGAGGAGGAGACACCGGACCAGUGGGCGACGUCGGAGCCGAAGGAGACGACGGAGCGUCUGGUUUCUCUGGAGCCAUGGGAGAACCAGGACUGAUAGGAGACCCUGGUGAGACUGGAGAACUGGGUCUGAAGGGUGACGUCGGUAUGGAGGGACCCCGAGGAGGAGUCGGAGGUCCUGGUGAGACGGGCCCUGGUGGUGACGCUGGGCCUCCAGGACCAAAGGGAGGUAAAGGUAUCAAGGGUUCGAGUGGUGCCGAAGGCAAAGAAGGUCCUCAGGGAGGAGACGGACUGAAGGGUCAGAUCGGAGCUCCCGGGUUUCCAGGUGACGUCGGCGACAGAGGAUACACUGGUUAUCCUGGACAGCCAGGACCGAUCGGACCAGGAGGACCAAAGGGCUCUGAAGGUUACAGCGGCGUGCCGGGUAGUGAUGGUGACCCCGGAGAGGACGUGAGUUCAUUAGAUUUAUAG